AGACUCUCUGAAGAGAAUAGAGAGAAGAGCAAGUUAGGUAAGGAGUGCAAGCAUCUUGUACUUGACGUAACUUGUUAAUUAGGGGAGAUCAAGUAAGUGGGCUAGAAUAAGCGAAUUUGAAGGCCCAGAUGGUCUCUGUAGCAAGGCCGAGUGAUGGGAAACGGGUGGGAGAGACAUUCAGAUAGCCAACCAAAAUCUGGAGAGAGUAGGAGAGAGGGAUCUGGAGUUUUGUCCUCGUUCACCCGAUCGGGUUCUUUCGAAGUAAUUUUGCUUUAAAUGGCGGAAUCGUCUCCAGAUUCGUGUUUAAAAGGAGGUAAGUUGAGUGCCCCAGGGUUUCGAUUUCAUCCGACUGAUGAGGAGCUGGUGAUGUAUUAUCUGAAGAGGAAGAUUUGCAAGAGAAGGCUUAGAGUCAAUGCCAUAGGCGUUGUCCGUGUUUACAAAUUGGAUCCUGAAGAAUUGCCUGGUUGGUCAAUCGGUGUUGAAGUCAGGGGAUCGACAGUGGUUCUUUUUCACUCCGAGGAACAGGAAGUAUCCAAACGCAGCUAGGUCCGGUAGAUGCACCGCAACUGGGUAUUGGAAGGCUACAGGGAAAGAUCGUGUCAUAGUCUACAACUCGAGAUCCGUGGGACUCAAGAAGACACUUGUUUUCUAUCGAGGCCGUGCUCCUAAUGGUGAGCGUACUGAUUGGGUGAUGCACGAGUACACCAUGGAUGAAGAAGAGCUCGCCAGAUGGAAGAACGCCAAGGAGUAUUAUGCUCUUUAUAAGCUGUUCAAGAAAAGUGGGGCUGGCCCCAAAAACGGUGAGGAUUAUGGUGCUCCCUUCCAGGAAGAAGAAUGGGUUGAUGAUGUUGGCAAUGAAAUUGCUGUUCCAGAACAACCUAUGGUUCGUUAUGAAGAUACUCGUCGUGUGGAUAAUGCUAUUGCUACACUUUUCAAUCCUGUCAAUGUUCAGUUAGAUGAUAUCGAGGACAUUCUCAAUGGAAUCCCAUAUGCGCCUGGGGUUCCUCAAACAUGUAUUAAUAAUGGCCUUGCUUCUAGUAUUCCCCAGGUUAACAGCCAAGAAGAGCUGCAAAGCACGUUGGUGAACAAUUCUUCUGGAGAGUUUCUUGAACCGCAGCAAAUUGGAGAGCUCUUGCCAUACAACAUGCCCUCGAGUUUUGAGUCUACUGAAGUCACGUCAGUUCCCAAUGACUCUGGUAUGGGGCCGUUUGUGUUUGAGAAGGAAGAUUACAUCGAAAUGGAUGAUCUUCUGAUCCCUGAACUCGGAGCUUCUUCAACUGAGAAACCCGAACAAUUCUUGGACCCUGGUGAAUUUAGAGAGUUCAAUGAGUUUGACCAAUUGUUCCAUGACGUUUCCAUGUUCUUGGAUAUGGAACCUAUUUUUCAGGGAGCUUCUGCAGAUUCUUCUUCUCUGAAUAAUACAUCAGACCAAGAACACCAACCCAUUUAUCAACAGUUCCAGGACCAGACCCCUGAGAACAAGCUGAACAACUUCAUGGAUCCUAGUCCAAAUCUCAAUCAGUUCACUGAUGACCUGUGGCUUGAAGAUGAUGAUCAGGCUGUCCUCUUUGAUCAACCGCAAUCUGUUAUUUCUGGAGCAUUUGCUUCACCUUCAUCAGGUGUGAAUUUGAUGCCCGGCUCCACAAAUCUUAGGACCAGUGUAACUGCUCAAGACCAGGAAGGCGAAAAUGAUGGAGGUGGAACGAGCCCCUUCUCAUCUGCCCUGUGGGCAUUUAUGGAUUCAAUACCUUCAACGCCAGCUUCUGCGUGUGAGGGUCCUAUUAACCGGACAUUUGUGCGCAUGUCUAGCUUCAGCCGUAUGAGGUUCAGUGGAAAGGCUAAUGGAACGCCUGCUACAACUACCGCAGUAGCAAAGAAGCGUAGCAGAAACAGAGGGUUUCUUGUCUUAUCAAUCGUGGGUGCCUUGUGUGCCAUCUUCUGGGUGUUCAUAGCCACGGUUCGAGCGUCGGGAAGGCCCGUCUUCUCAUGAAAGCUUCAAGCUGAGCUCCGGUGAUCUCUGUCUUGAUGAUGAUGAUGAUGAUUGCGAUCCUGGUUCCUGGAACCCUCACUGAGCAAAGAGAGUAGGAUACGUAGGAAUCUACAAGCUUGACAAACGAGAGAGCAGAUUCCGACAAUGCAGCCAGCCGAUGUUUCUUCUGUCCUACUCAUAGCCGCUGCGUGCAGGAUGAAGCUUAAAGCUUAUUCUUUUAUCUCCCUUCCUCUUUUAUUUGAUCGCUAAGGCGGUUAAGCCGCCGCCACUCUUAUCGAACAAGUCACUUGUCACCGUAUAUCAACAAACGGCAAAAUAUAUAAUCUCUUCUAACUUUUUUGCUCGAUAUUCAGGAAUAAGGAUUUUAUUAAUUAAAAUCAAG